AUGGUUUCAUCAAACAAUUUGACAACAUCUCAACUACUUGUCAAGUUAAUAGAUUUUCAACUUCGAUCACUUGAGAAAUCGAUACGUAUUCUUGGAAAUUGUACUCGUGAAUGUGAAACAAGAUCUCCAAUUAUUCUUAAUCGGUCUUUUUCUCGAAUUAUUCUACCAGUAUUUCCUGAACUAAAUGGUUUCGAUGAAUUCUAUCCUCUUCUAGCCAACUUACCUAGUAAUGGACAAUUAACACAUAAAGAACUUGUAUUUCGAACAAAUUAUCGUUAUCUAGGACGUGUAAUUGAUAUAUCACUUACUUAUGAUAAUGAAAUCGGUUAUGAAAUACAAAGUCUAUUCAGUUUUUAUGCACAAAAAUGGAAUAUUGAUCAAGAUAUCUUAAUUGUCAAUUUAAAUCGAUUAUUGGUUUUACUUCCUCAAUUGACAUUAAAGGAUUUCAAUUUAAAAUAUGAGCAAAACUCAUGUCGAUUAUCUAUGGAAGAAUGGUUUAUGGCUUUGGAAUUCUAUUUACAAAUGGAUGCACAAUGUUUUUUAAUGAAGACAUGUUCAUUUCGUCAGUCAAUACCACGAUGUAUUGACGAAGGUUUAUUUUCUUUGGCUUUACCUUCAGGUCAAUAUGGUAUGAAACAAUGUCGAGAUCAAAGUUGUGGUUAUUGUUACGAACGAUUAGCUAUGACACAUCGUUCUGAACAAGCCAUGUCUUUUUCUAUUCGACAGAUCCAUCACUUUGUUAGUGGCUAUCAAGUUUAUUUAAAUUGUAAUGUGAUAAGAACUUGUACUACGUCGAAUGUCAUCUAUGCUUUAACUUGUCCUUGUCAUCAAUAUGAUUAUAUUGGUCGAUGUUACGUAUCUUUUCGAGAAUGCAUACUGCAACAUCGUAUAAAUAAUGGUCGUAUUAUGAGCAAUUUCUUUCUUGGUCAAACAGUAGCUGAUCGUCUUGAAAAUGAUCGAGACGAGAAAUUAAUAAUUAGUGAAUCAGAUACAAAACUUUAUCAACAUUCAAUUGAAUGUCUUACGACUAUAAAGAUAUUCUUGGCAUGUCAUCCUCGUUAUUGGUGUUUUGUUCCUAUGACUAGUGAACAAGCCGCUAUAGAUGAUACAAAUAUAACUUCUAUAGAAAGAAGUAUUUUGGCUGCAUAUCAAACGUCUCAUUCAGAAUAUAACACAUAUGAAAGAAGCACCAAUCCAUAUCAACGAACUACUACUAAUGUAGCUUGGUGUAUGAAUAAUUUACCAUCGCCUCCGCCCAAUUAUCAAUAUUCAUUACGACAGAAACUUGAACAAUUGAAUUUUUUUCGAGAUCGAUUAGAUUUUCUUACAUCACGAUUUCUUAAUCUAUACAAUACAACAAUUGUUAUGGUUUUACCUGAAAGUGCUUCAGAUGAAAUAGGUCAUCUCAUACAAGCUUUAUUAGUUACUUAUGCUCAACCUAAAUUAAAUCGAACUGUUCAUGAUACAAAUGAUCCAAUCUUGACUUCUACUAACAUCAAUGAUGCUUGGUGUCAACACUUAAUUCAUCCUCGUCUAUGUUCAUCAUAA